CCUCAUAGUGGCGCUCUCGCCAUCUUGCACCCCCUCCAGCCUAGCCCAGUCACCUUUUCCCUUUCCACAGUUUCUGUCCCCCCAUUCCCCGCCCCCUGCCCAUCGUGUCCCGGGGCCGCCGCCGCCGCCGCAGACACCGCGCCAUCUCUGUCCCCUCUCAUUCUCCACGCGGGACGCGCAGACGUGCUUCCACGUGUCCUUAAGCAGAGAUGAAUAAUACUGCAGCUAGCCCGAUGUCUACUGCCACUUCGAGUAGUGGAAGAAACACAGGGAAGGCUGUAAGCUUUGCUGCAGAACUGCAGAGCAUGCUGUUUUCUUUAGGGGAUGCUAGGAGGCCUCUCCAUGAAACAGCAGUUUUAGUAGAAGAUGUGGUUCACACACAACUAGUUAACUUGUUACAGCAAGCUGCAGAAGUCUCUCAACUGAGGGGAGCAAGGGUGAUCUCUGCUGAAGAUCUUCUGUUCUUGAUGAGAAAAGAUAAGAAAAAACUUAGAAGACUUCUAAAAUACAUGUUUAUCCGAGACUACAAAUCAAAGAUCAUCAAAGGCAUUGACGAGGACGAUCUCCUGGAAGAAAAACUGAGUGGCAGCAGCAGUACAAACAAGAGACAGAAAAUCGCUCAGGACUUGAUCAACUCUAUUGACCAAACAGGAGAGCUUCUGGCCAUGUUUGAGGACAACGAACUUGAUGAUGUUAAACAGGAGAGAAUGGAGAGAGCAGAAAGACAGACUCGAACUAUGGAUUCAGCUCAAUAUGCGGAAUUCUGUGAAAGCCGGCAGCUAAGUUUUUCCAAAAAAGCUUCCAAAUUUCGAGACUGGCUGGACUGCGGCAGCAUGGAGAUAAAGCCCAAUGUCAUAGCUAUGGAAAUUCUGGCAUACUUAGCGUAUGAAACAGUGGCACAGGUAGUGGAUCUGGCUCUUCUCGUGAGGCAGGAUAUGGUUUCCAAGGCAGGGGACCCCUUCAGCCAUGCCAUUUCUGCAACCUUCAUUCAGUAUCAUAACUCAGCUGAGGGGUCCUGUUUGAAGUCCUGUCCAGACUCUCCUGAGAACACACCGCCUGCUACACCAACAGCUCCCUCUUCUGGAUCUCAGCAUUCCGGGAGAGCCACAUCCGGAUCCCUGGGGAAUGGCAGUACAGGACAAGACUCUAGUAAAAGCAAGCAGAGAAAGAGGAAAAAGAGCACUGCGGCCUGUGGUGUCGAGGCUCACAGCGAUGCCAUCCAGCCCUGCCACAUCAGAGAAGCCAUUCGACGCUACGGCCACAAGAUUGGCCCUCUUUCCCCAUUCACAAGUGCCUACCGAAGGAGCGGGAUGGCUUUUCUGGCCUGCUGAGGGGACUGUGGCUGUGCCUGCUGCAACAAGAGAGGAAAUGGGACACCGAGGUCAUUCUUCCCUGUGCUGGAUGAAAAUAAAAUGUGGAUUUACCGUCUCCUGCCCUAGGGAGUGGCCUGCUUUGUUUUUGACUCUCCACUGUCUGACUCCAGCUCUUCCUUGGCCUCCUUAGCCUUGUUUACUGAGUGGGCCAUUUGCCUAAUUAAUGGCAGGAUGUUGGGUGGUGUGUAGGUGGACAAGAACGCACAUCACACAAUUCUGAAUUCUGAAUUUGGCAUGGAUUUGCUGCCCUCAGCUCAUAAAUCUUAAAAGCAGAGUUGUGCUUUUUUCCCUCCAGUGUUUAGUCUGCCUUUUAUAGGAUGCAUUUUUAUGAUUCAGAUUGGGACAAAAGAGACAAAUGAGUCAGUCUCCCUUCCCAGUGACCCACCAA